AUGGAGAAGGGAAAGUUGUUUCGUCUCGAUGAUGGCUACGUCUCCGUCGCAAUAGACAACCUAGACUCUUUGCAUGAUGUUGGGUACUUGCACUUUGAUUUUCUCAACAAGGUCUUACCCCACUGCUCCAAAGCCCAACUGAUUCAUAUCGAGGAGAGCACCAAAGGUGUCGACCUGACUCCGAUCACCAACAAUCUCUGGAAGAAUUUUUUCGAGAAGGAGUUCGGUUUCAAAGCCACACAAGAAGCGAUCAAGAACCCGAACCCUAAAUGGUCCGAGUUGUAUCAGAAAAGGCUGAAGAGAUUAGAAGAGGCAGAGAAACAAGUGGGUGAGAGAUUGAAGAGCAUGUAUCAGAAAGAGGCUGCCAGGAAACAAAGUCGCCAGAUCAAGGUUCUGGACAAGCCUCCGUCGCCGUCGUCUAUUUCAAGCAAUAAAAGAAGUGGCUCGAGCAAAGGCAGCAAACUCAUGAACAAAGUGAGAAAAGAUUAUCAAAACUGUCUCGAGGUGAGAAAUAUCGAAGCCAUGAAGUUCAAGAGGAGUGCCAAGUGUUCCGGCUGUGCUACUCCAGCUAACCUUUCCUUUUAUACGUUCACUGCACAAAUUGUGAUGAAAAACUUAUGA